AUGGAAUCAUUGAUCGUAGUCCCAAGGCGCUUGAAGCACGCGAGCUCGACAGGCAAGAACAAUCUUCACCAGCUGGGAAUCAGCUUUAACAUAGAGAAGGUAAAGCAGGGCCACGACAACUGUCACCAGUCGACAUUGACCAUCACAGCGGAAGACGCAGACGGAGCUCCGUAUGCAUGGAGUGGGCAGGAGUUCAAGGGCGAGGUGGUACGGAAGAAGAUGAAGGCGGAGAAUGCAGCAGCCAGAGCGUUUCUUGCAGAUUCUGCAGUUCACGAAACGGUUGCAAAUAUGGAUCCGGCUCAUGAGAGACAUUUGUCAAAGAGCCAGAAGGAUAGGUUUGAGGUAUUGAAGGAACUCAAACGUGCCAGCAGAGCCGCGAAAGCUGCAGGGAAACGGGCACGUCUUUGA